UGACUGCCUGGUCUACAAUCGACUGGCUUGAUGACUGGCUGGUCUACAAUAGACUGGCUUGAUGACUGCCUGGUCUACAAUAGACUGGUGUCAUCACUGCCGAUAAGUCAACGUUUGCUUUAAGACAGUGUCGUGUUGUGUGGAUGAGAUCAGAUAGAAUUCCAUUAUGACACAAGAAGACAGUCCGGUGUAUAUAAGGAUGGAGCUUGGUAGACCAGAGUAUCAUCUCAGCUCCCGAGUAGCAGUGACAGCCAGCUCAACCAGCUACCAACUCUACCAGCUCUACCAGCUCAACCAACAACCAGCAUCAUGAAGGUUUCAAUCAUCGUCAUUGCCCUCUGCCUCUGUAAGUUUUUACAUUAACUCUGAUAGGAUUAGAUUAGGUUCCUUCCCGAUGCAAUCCAUUUUAACACUACAUGUAGAUCGUCACGAUGCAGUUAAUAUUUCAAUUUCUACACUAAACGAAACACAACUCACUAACUACUGCUGCAUUUAUGUCAGUAAACAUAAGGGGGGGGGGGUGGAGGGUUGUUUUUCUAAUUAGUUUCUAAUAUAAGCUACACAUUUCCACAUGGUUGGGCCACAGUACACGACACCGAUGAAGAAAUUUUGAAGAGAAGUAAAUCAGCGGACCCUAACCGGUAUCAAAAUGGUGAAGUUAACUUGAAAUAUUAAUGUCACCACACUUUUAUUCACACAGGCCUGCUCGUGGCUGAGAUCUUCGCUUCUCAUAGCGGUAGCAGCAGCAGCAGUAGUAGCAAACAUCAUCGUCAUCAUCACCACAGACACCAUGGGCACAGCAGUAGCAAGAGUCAUCGCCACCAUCACCACCACCGCCAUCACAGCAGCAGUGGGAGCAGCAAAAGUCACCAUCACCACCACCACCAUAGACACAGCAGCAGCGGCAGCGGUAGCAGCAGCGGUAGCAGCAGUGGUAGCAGCAGCCGACACCACCAUGGUUAAAAGUGCUCAAGUCUUUUCUUAGAGAUGUGGCUCAUUUUCUGAGAAAAUUAUUCCAUCUUACUACCGCCUUCGGUCAAUUCAAAGUGACGCGGAGAUAUGCAUAAUGUAUCAAAUAUAAGGGAAUAAAAGUGACAUUACACCGUGCAAUUUCCAGACAUUUUGAAAUAACUGAAGAUAGCUGCAAGUCAAAGAGUAUUAUAAUAAUAAAUACAUAAAUGGUAUAUUUAAUUUAUAACAAAUAGUUUUAUAACAAAUUACUGAAUAAUUUUAUAUUUAUAAUUUAAAAUAUAUUUCUACAAAAUGAACGUCUCUAGUCUAUAGUAAAUCAUUCAAGAAUUGUGUGUACGGUAUGUGAAAGAUUAGUUACAAAAACAGUUAAAUUAUCGUCUCUGCUGAUCUAAUAUGUGUGAAUAUAAGCUUUUUUUCUGUAAAAUUGUAAUAUCUGUCCUGUCUAAAUUAAAUGUGAAGACCAAAAAUCCAUAUUUUAAAUUAUAUAUUAAAAUUUUAUGAAUAAUUCAUUCAUCUGGCUUUCUUUUUCUUAUUAAGUUAAUUUUUGCAUGCACGUGUUGAAUACCUUAAUUGUGAAGUCGCUUGAACUUAAAACUGUUGUUAGAAGGAAAUAGGUUGAUCGAGUCACAUAGUUUUCCGAUAAAGG